CUAUUUUCUCCGAUAAUACCAAACGAAGCUGCCCAAAGCCCAAGCUUAGUGGUCCGUUAUUACCUCUUCAUUCUGGCGGUGUUAGGGUGUGCACAGUUGCUUCAUUGUAUCCUUAAACCCUGUGGCCAUUGCCGUCAAUUCUUUCGCGGAACCCCGGGCAUUCAAAUAAUCGCAUCCUCAUCCAUUCAUCUCCCUCUACUGUCUCAGUCCGCUCGUUCACUUCUGCCGGCUGGCCUCCGGCGUCUCUCCCACCGCUCGUUCGUGCCUCUCCCUCUGUCUUGCGUCGCGUCUCCCACUCUCUCUUCUCGCAUCUCCCUGCUGCGCACGCAGCCUCUCUCCGACUUUCAUUUGUUUUGUUAUCAGUGAAACUUUGUUAUGGAUUUCGACGACCUAGAACCGCCGAAUCAGGCCGUCGCUUCUCGAGUCUCUAGAUUCGCGCCAAAAUCAUCAAAACUCAAACCUAAAAAAGAACCACAUCUCGUUCCCAAACAAGAACCAUCAUCGUUACCCUCCACCAAAACAGAGCCACAAGAACCAGGUUUAACUGCCAAACAGGAUGAAAAUUGCUUUGAAACUAUGGCGCCAACUCAGACGAAGCCAGAACCAACUCAGACGAAGCCAGAACCAACUCAGACGAAGCCAGAACCUAACGACGCUGUUAAAAAUGAUGUUGUAUUAAAGCCCGAAGCCAAAGAAGAUUCAACAAGAGUAGAUUCCGUGGAUGAAGAAAUGGCUGAAGCAGAAGAAGAUUCUAGACAAGUUGACGAUCCCAUGGAGGAAGAGGACGCAGUUGUGCGCGUAAUCGACGUGUACUUUUCACCUUCCAUCGAUGCUGACACUCAGUUGUACAUUUUGCAAUAUCCUUUGAGACCUAAUUGGAGGCCAUAUGAUUUUGAUGAAGAAUGUGAAGAGGUUAGGUUGAAUCCUAAAAGUUCAGAAGUACAAAUUGAUUUGUCUGUUGAUUUGAGGUCAAGUAAUGUUGACGAAGAUCAAGCUAAUAAACUCAACUAUAAGAAGCAGACUCUAUCAACUAAAUGGAAGCCCCCUCCUGCAGAUGGCUGUGCUGUUGGGCUUCUUAUGGGAGAUAAGUUGCACCUGCAUCCAGUUAAUGCAGUGGUGCAGCUCCGACCAUCACGAGAUCAUCUCAAUGCUGGUGGCUCAGUAAAGAAGAAUGUUGGUGCAAAAAGUGAGGGAUCAAUUGAAGAUAAGUCUGUUGCUACGUCAAAGAUGCAGAAUAAGAGUGACGGCGAUGAGUGCUGGGUUCCUCUCAAGUACCAUGGUUGCAAGAGUGACAUCUCAUCUAGAUAUUUUCAGCAAAUGGUGGCACAAGAAAGUUCUCCCAUAAACUUUGAAAUGAGCUCGUAUGACUACAUUGCUACACUCUGUCCUGGAGUAAGCAGCAACACUUUAGCUAAAGGUCCUUCUAAAAGGCGUCUUCUAGCAUUGCCGGUGGAAGAACGUCUGGAGAAAAUGCUUAUUGAGGGCCCUCCACUUCAUCGUUUUAGUGCUAUCAAGCACUUUGCUCCUGAAUACUCUGAUGACGAACUGCUGAACUUUCUUCAGCAGCAUGCGUUAUUGCUGUGGGGAUUCUGGGUUCCAAAAAGUAGAUUGCUAUAUCCUAGAGGUGGUGUAGAAAUGAUGGCAAGAAAUUAUGCCCUUGUAAUGUUAAGCAAGAGUUUGAAAGUGCUAUCUUCUGAUUUGAAAUUGAAGAAGGCACUUGGUGAUCAUGUGAAAAACUUUCUGAACCAAUUUGCUUUGGAAAAAAUUGAUCUAAAAGAUAAAGUUUCAUAUUGGAAGUUCACAGAGACUCCAGAUGAGUCCUUUAAAAAAAAAUUUCCAAAUGUUGUUAAACAACAAGAAGAGAUUUUUAAGAUUUUAGAUCAAGAGCUAUCGUCUGUUCUCAGUAAUGUUGGAAAACCCAGAGAAAGUGAAAGUGCUGUAACAAACAGUGGUGUCAACAGUGAUCUUGUUAGAUCAGCAAAUUCUAAUCCACAGGUUACAAGUCCAGGGGAAGUGCCUCCUAGGAAGAUGACCAUGUCAAGUGAAACUCGUCAUGCUCUGCCAAUUGCCCUCAAGAAACUUUUUCAGACUCACAAAGUUUGCAGUUUCCAAUUGAUAUGCCAAGAAUUGCGUGGAUUGGCACUUGCCAAAACUAUGCUUCCAAAGGGAGGUUCUAAAAUUGCUGUGGAUGCAGCUCAGAGUCUUGAUGUUCCACAAGAUGAGCUGAAGGCUGUCUUGGGUGAAGUUGCAUGCGACAUCCAUGGUUGUUAUGUGUUACAGUCAUCACAAGAUGACCCAUUCAGAGAUGUUGUAAUUGAUAUGCUUCGUGGAAGUGGACCCAAUGGCAAGCUGAAGAAGGCUGAGAUACUUGAAGCUGCAAGGAGAAAACUCAAUAGGGAUGUCCCUAACAAUGAAUAUAUCAAGGUUAGUUUUCUUCUAGUUUAACUAAAUUUUUUAUUUAGGUAUCUUGAUAAGUUAUAGGAUAUUCUUAACAUUUGUUGUCUCGAUGGUUUUUCACUAAGAACAUACGACUUCCCACUUAAUGUUUUGUUUAUCAAAUUCCUAAUUAGAUUAAUAGCCUAUAUCAUGACAUUCUUUUAUGCUGAAUAUCUGCUCAAUUACUUCUUUAGCAUGCACUGUUGAUCAAGCUAAAUUUAAUGUUUCAGCAACCAAAACAGAAAAAUUAAACUAUGUACGUGAUUAUAAUGUUAUAGGCUUUUUAUCCUUUAUCAAAUUAAAAAAAGAAGUCACUGGCAAUGAUAAAGCUAGCAAGUUUUAUCCAUAUAUACACAUAUUUACUAUAACGUGUGUUUGUAAUAUGCCUUCUCUAGUUCGUUUUUGCUGGUGAUUAGGUGUGUGAAGCUUUUUUCUUUGACUUGUUCGAUAACGAUGGAACAAUAUCUAGUAUCUACUCGAACAUGGAAAUGAUGUUAGGGCAGUGAAAAUAGAAAGAACCAUAUAAAUAAAGUCUAAAAGUAUGAAUGUUAGAGCAGGGCAGUGCAUAUAAAUAACGCGGAAAUGAUGUUAGGGCGGGGCAGUCCAAGUAAAACAGUAUGAAUGUUACCCUGCAAAGCCAUAUCAAGUCAAAAAGUCUGAUAAAUGAUCUGGACACAUUCAUCAAUUGUAUCAUCCC